GAAGUAACUGUGGAAGACAGUAAUGUGUAUUGCAAUAAUGGCAACCGAAUCGACAUCGUUUAUGCAGUUUGACUACUGCAACCUCUGUAAAAUAAGUCACAAGAAACGAAAGAAGCACAUCUACUCUAAAAGACAUCAAGAAAUAUUACAAAAUAUACUCAAGAAGUUUGAGAAGAAGAUACAGGACGGACGAGUGUGUAUUGACAACCCUGGUGUUGAACCGCUGGGGUGGGAGAACGGAGCGACAUUCUGGUGUUACUUCUGUCAACUGGAGGUCGGCAAACACAGGGCCGAGACCGACUGUACAGUGAAACAUGGUGGACUUAUACUCCACUUAGCCAGUGAUGAUCAUGCGAAGAAGACUGGUGAGUUUUUCUGGAAGAAUAUCAUUGACAAGAAGAAGAAAGCUAAAUAUAUUCUCAGUCAAGAUGAUGCAGACAGGUUCAGCAACAAGGCUGACACAGCAGUGACCGUGUACAGACAUCGAGUGAAGACACAGCUCUCACAGGUUGCAAGCAAGAUUCGGAGUCAGGCUGCGGAGAGAAACCAGGUGACCAAGAGAAGUUUUGUGAUGCAGCCUCCAUGGAUCAAGACAUCUACAAAGCAGAUAUCCCAGCAUUCAGCACCUGGUCAUGUGACUCCCCGAAUGUCCAGUAGUCAUGGCAACUGCCAUGCUGUCAGCGUGCCAGGAAAGAAGACAGUUUCAGCCAAGGCAGUUGGCCUGACGUCCAUCAACCGUCACAGCGACAAGCUUUCUGAAGUGGAGGAUGGAGCAGUGGGGGAGGGCAAUGUGUUCACUGGUGCCACGCCCCCCUGGUUGAUGGAGGAAGACGAGGAUGCUGGGUCAGGGGAGAUAGGACCGUCAUUGCCGGAGUAUAACAAACACUUGGAGAGAGAAAAGAAAAAGAAGCUGCCAGCUAACCGUGUCGGUGCCAAGUUUGAUCACAAGUCUGAGACGCCUGCAUCGUGGCUGCCUUCCUUUGGAGGUGUCUGGCAUCAGGGGAGACGACUCAAUGCAAAGAUCCAGUUUGAGAGGAGGACUGGUGGAAAGGCAAUGCAGGCAAGUUCAAGCAUGUCCCAGUUGCAACGGCAGCCAGAAACAGUGAUACCCUACAAACGCAAGAAGAAAAACUCAGAAACAAAUACAUCCACAGGAAUUCAGCUCAUCUCCUCACCACUGCUUAAACCCAGCCCACAAAUACUGCAUCAGUAUCAUGACAAUGUAGCCAUGGCGACGCCCAUCUCAUCUCCCUUUGUGCAGGUGCAGGGAGGCCGAACCUGGGCAGCUGUAGAUGGUGUCGGAGUGGGCGGUGCUGACCGAUUGGGUCAGGAAGGACAGACUUUGAGGGUAGGACCAGGAGGCAGCAUUUCAGAAACCUCGGCCUGUGAGGGCGACACGAGUAGUGUCGAAAUUAGGAACAAUGAUGAAGGAUCGUAUGAAACGAGGAAGGAUGUGGAAGUUUCAAAACAACAUACAGAGUCAGACACAGUAGCACAAGAUAGCAUUCAGAGAACACAGGCCAGUAAUGAGACCUGUUCAAGUGUUUCGCAACCAGCAUCCUCCCUGUCGUUUGUUCCAGUGUCUGUUAAGAAUCAGCAGGUAAGAAGGGCUUCAGAUGACAAGCCCUCAAUAAAGAGGGGUCUGUCUCCUGUUGAAGUAGCUCCAUACAAACGUAAGAAGCGGCCUGUGAGAGAUACGGAACCCAGACAAUCCACGAGUGGCGUGGGUCAGAUGUUCACCCAGGCUUGUGACCACGCCUUCACCCAACAGAUGGCAGCUCAAGGAAGUCGGCAGGCGUACCCGCGCUUCAACAACAACACAGCCCUAUCUUCUGAUCAGUCAAUGAUUCCACCUCCUCAAAGCCAUUAUAUGACUCCCUAUGGUGUCCAUUCUUAUCCUGGCCACUGUGUGAAUACUGGUUCCUCCUACAGACCUACACUGGGUCCGUCUGGGCAGGCUGUCAGGGGAGGUAACCCCCACAAUAACAUGACUCUGGUGCAACCUGGGUUUCUAAGUAAAGACAGAUUUCCUGGUUCCUCAGCACCAACUACAUCCCAUGCAGGUCCCCAUCACGUUUACAUGCCUGUCAGACCGCCAGUGCAUCGUCCUGCUCCUUUUGGUUCCUCAGCACCAAAUACAUCCUGUUUGGGAUCGCAACAUAACUAUGUCAGACCUCCAGUCCAGGCUAUUGCCCAAGGUUCCUCAGCACCAGCUACAUCUCAAGGGAAUGGGAUGAACUUGUUUCAGAGCAUCAGUGCAGCAGUGAGACUGCCUCACUAACACAGUGGGACUGGAAGGAGUAAACACUGAAAGUGAACAAUGUUCUAUCAGUUUUGAGGUUGUUAAUAAAUUGUUGUUUUCAGUUAAA